AUGGAUUUUAUAACUUAUUCACAAGCUUUGGGGUUUCCUAAAGAUGGAUUACUAGCAAAAGAAGUUUACAACUUGAUAAAUGACAAUAUAGGUUUAUUAACACGUGCAUUGGAUGAGGGGGGUGACAAUACAGGCCAAGUAUCAAUCAAAAGCCGUACGUCGGAUUCACAGAAUAAAAAACCCAUCAAAAAACGACAGUUGAAGAUAGAUCUCGACUUGGACGAUGAGCUAGAGGAUGAGAUUGAUAUCAGACCAAAUAAGGUAACCUCUUUCAAGAAAUUGAAGGAGACGGGUAACCAAAGCAAGGGGCUUCUGCUCGAUAAAGAAGACCAUGAUGAUAUCUUCGGUCAGGACAACAAUAGCGAAUCUAAAACAUUUAAGAAUUCAAAACCUAGCUUCAAGAAAAUUAAAAAGGAAAACGCCAUUAAAAUCAAAGAUAAUUACGAUGAGCCAUCAAUGAACCAACCGAUGAAUAUUAUACUGGUUAAACAAGAAGAAAAUAUAAAGCCAAAGAUCAAGAAAGAACCCCAACUUUCCUUGUCUGAACUAGCAGCUCUUGAGAAAAAGUCAAUGGACUCACAAAUAACGGUUAAACAAGAGCCGGAAUUAAUUCAACAAGUUAUAGAUGACGAUACUAAUGACCUAGAGAAUGACCGUGAAUGGUAUAUGGCGGAAGACUUUGGACAAGCUCCCCUCUACCAAUAUGAGGAAAUAGAAGAAGACUUAUCUUAUCAACCGAAGAGAAAGUCUAACUUCAGACGUGACAAGGACCAUUUAAAUAAGUCCGGAGGAGGCUUUGACCAUUUAACAGGACAGUAUGUUGACUAUGAUCAUAUAGAUCUGGACGGAGCCGAUACCUUAUCGAGAAUACAAAUCAAUCCUCAUUUCUUCAUUCCACCUUUCCUAGAAGAAUCAAGAAAUUAUUUGACCCUUGAAAUAGCAUCAAACACGAAUAGAGAUCAGCUAAUGAAAGGAAUAAGCUCCUCGAUCAAAGUUAUUCCAGACCCCGAAUCUGAAUUAGCAAUAUCUGCAAGACAAGGAAGUUUCGUAGUCAAGGAUAACAAGGCAAAAAAAGAAAAAGCAAAGCAGGCCAAAGACAGAUCAAGCUUGCAGGGUACUGCUCUUGGAAAUGUGCUUGGAAUCGAAGGAAAAACAGAAAAAUUUGAAGAACCUAAUAAAGAAGAUGAAGAUCUCAGAGAAGCUCCUAUCGAUACGCUUUCCAUCCAACAACAAAGAAGGCAACUACCAGCGUUUGCUGUCAGGAAAGACUUGAUCAGAGCCAUAUCAGAAAAUCAAGUGACUAUUGUAAUUGGUGAAACUGGGUCAGGGAAGACUACUCAAUUAGCUCAGUUUCUUUAUGAAGAAGGAUUUGCGUCAAGCUUAGAUAAAAAUGGUCAAAAGAAAAUAAUCGGCUGUACCCAGCCACGUCGUGUUGCAGCUAUGUCGGUAGCGAAAAGAGUUAGUGAAGAAAUGAACUGUAAGCUAUCCGAAGAAGUUGGUUACGUUAUAAGAUUUGAAGAUAGAACUAGUCCUCAAAAAACGGUUAUAAAGUAUUUGACUGAAGGGAUUUUGUUGAGAGAAAUCUUAAUUGAUCCAAACCUCGAGGACUAUUCUUGUAUCAUAAUGGAUGAGGCCCACGAAAGAACAUUGAGCACUGAUGUUCUUCUUGGUUUAUUUCGGAAGUUGUUAAUGAGAAGGAAAGAUCUAAAACUUAUUGUAACAAGUGCAACUAUGAAUGCUGAUCGAUUCACUAGAUUUUUCGGUGAUGCCCCCCAGUUUACCAUCCCUGGGAGAACUUUCCCAGUUGAUAUCAUGUUCAGUAAAACGAGCUGUCAAGACUAUGUUGAAUCCGCGGUGAAGCAAGUAUUAACAAUUCAUUUACAAAACAGUUCAAAAUCUAAACUUAAUGAUGGAGAUAUUUUAGUCUUUAUGACAGGUCAAGAAGAUAUUGAGGUGACUUGUGAAUUGCUAAAGGAGAAGCUUGAAAUGCUCGAUGAUCCGCCACCAUUAGAUAUUUAUCCAAUAUAUUCUACUUUACCGGCUGAUCUACAGAAAAAGAUUUUCAGUAAGAAAAAUGAGUUUAGAAGAAAGGUUGUCGUUGCUACCAAUAUAGCUGAAACCUCAUUGACAGUUGACGGUAUUAAGUACGUAGUUGAUACAGGUUUAAUCAAAAUGAAAGUUUAUAAUCCCAAACUUGGAAUGGAGACAUUACAGGUUGUGCCUGUAUCUGUUGCAAAUGCUCAACAAAGAAGUGGGAGAGCAGGAAGAACUGGUCCUGGUGUAGCAUACAGACUUUAUACUGAACGAGCAACUAAAAAUGAUCAAAUGCAUUUGCAACCAAUUCCAGAAAUUCAAAGAACCAAUUUAAGUAAUGUGAUGUUGUUACUAAAAUCUUUGAAAGUAGACAAUUUACAAAGAUUUCCAUUCUUAGAUCCCCCACCUCAAGAUUUACUUAGCAGGUCAUUGUAUGAUUUAUGGGUUAUAGGAGCUCUUGACAAUUUUGGGAAUUUAACUUCACUUGGUUCAGACAUGUCUAAUUUUCCUAUGGAGCCUACGUUAUCCAAGCUUAUCAUACUUUCUUGUAAAAACGAAUUUCACUGUUCCGAAGAAAUUCUAACAGUUGUUUCUAUGUUAUCUAUACCUUCAGUAUUUUUCAGACCAAAGGAAAGAGCCCAAGAAGCUGACUCUAUUAGAGAAAAGUACGUUAUUGCAGAAUCAGAUCAUUUAACUUUACUCAAUGUUUAUAAUCAAUGGCAACAGCAAUUGGUUAAAUCUAAUAGUAGUUACAAGAAAUUAAGUAUUUGGUGUGAUAAGAACUUCUUACAAAUAAAAUCAUUAAUCCGAGCUAGAGAAAUCCGAAAUCAAUUAGUUUUGAUUAUGAAGAAAUAUAAAUUACCAAUUUCAAAGUCAAGAUCUGAUGAUGAUGUUAGAAAGUGUUUAUGUGCAGCAUAUUUCCAACAACUGGCUAGACUAAUAAAGAAUAAUAUAAGUGGUAAUUCACAAGCCGAGUACGUUAAUUUAAGAAAUAAGGUUAUGACUAUGUAUCUUCAUCCAACCUCGGCAUUGAAUGGAGGUACUGAUAUGGCACCUAAUUUUGUGGUGUACCAUGAAUUAUUAUUGACUACCAAAGAAUAUAUGAGCUGUGUAACAGCAGUUGAUCCAUUAUGGUUAUUGCAGUACGGGUAUUACUUUUACGGAGUCGAUGAGAAGACUCAGGCUAAUUUAAAGAACUUAAUAGAUUUCGAACUAAUUGAUAAAAAGGAUUUUGAAGAAAGACUUAACUUUGAUAAGUUGAGGUAUCAAGAUGUUAUUAGUUCAAGUAAUAAAUCGAAUAAAAUUAAGACUGAAAGAAAUAACUUUACCGAGGUGAAAAACAAGUUUAAUAGAAGAAGAGGGCUUUAA